CCAGGCUUAGAAAUCACUCAGCAGAACUUUUCCCCCCUUGACUAUACAUUACUCUAGCACUCCUCUCUAAAUAUAUGGGGCAUCAGAUUUCAUAUCAGCAGAAGGAAUGAAAAAGUGCCCAAACUGUAAUCUGUUAGAAAUAGUUACUGUGUAGGAUUUUAUACUAUAAGGGGGGAAAUUUCAGUAUGCUUUGAAAUGAAACAAGAAUUUCGUGUUUUUACUCAAAUGCAUUGGCGUCUUAAUAAGUAGGGUUAGUUAUAUUGGUGAAUAUUUAUUUUAAGAAUCAUGACUGAGAAACACAUAGAAAUUUAUUAGAGCAGUAAAUGUUUUACCCACAGGGACAGGACCUGCGUGUGCCCCUGGGGCUCUGGGGGUCUUGUGAAGACCAUUUGUGGUGAGUGGCCAGGGGAAGGGAAUGCCCUAGUGAUACUGCAGCCGUAGUGACACUGCCAGUACCAUGUCUGCUAUACUCGGGGAAGGCAGCAGCCACCUGCGCCGUGGUUUGCACACCUGCAGACUGAAGCUUCCGGGGGCCCGGCGGCAGCAAGAAAAAUCUGUCAUUGCUCAACCAAUAUUUGUUUUUGAAAAGAAAGAACAAAGUUCUAAGAGACCUGCAGAAGAAGCCCUAUAUGAAGCCGCGGAACAUGAACAUAAUGGUUUUUCAAGAAAACGCAUACGGUCUUCAUCUUUUUCUUUGCACACUACAGAUUCUCAGUCUCAAGGAGUGAAGGAAACCAAUCUCUUUAUGACACCAAAUCUUGUGCAAAGGAAUGUUGACAUGAACACUGCAGAACAAGGACCUGCGAGACAUUCUGAACAUGUCCUAAGGCCUGCUAUUUUGCAGCCGCCUCGAACUCAAAGGUGUGAAAAAGUAAAACACAGUGCAUUGGAACACUGCAAGACUACAGAAAAAACAAAACAUAAGAUUUCUGAGAGAAGCUCCUGUUUGCUAAGCAAAAAUUUGCCAAGUGCCAGAAUCUCAGUCCAGCUGUCUACUAACCAGAGUUUUAGGGGUGACCCAUCAGUAGGAUGUCAACCAAAUGAAGAUAAGUAUUCUUUUAAAAGCUGCAGUUCUAACUUCGUUUUUGGAGAAAACAUGGUAGAAAGAGUUUUGGGUACUCAAAAACUCAUCCAGCCUCAACUUGAAAAUGAUUCUUCUGGCAAGGAAAAAGUAUUCAAAUCCACUCUAAAACUUCCUAUCAACUCUCCAAACUCAAGAACAGAAUCUAUUAAAAAUAUAUCCCUAAUUGAAUCAGCUGCUGCUCUCUCUUCUAAGUCAUCACCAACAUGUUUGCUGAAGAAGAUUGAUGUAAUAACAGGGGAGGAAGCAGAACAUAACGUGUUGAAGAUCAACUGCAAGCUUUUUGUAUUCAACAAAACGACAGAGUCCUGGACGGAAAGGGGCCGGGGAGCCCUGAGGCUGAACGACACAGCCAGUGGCGACUGCGGAGUCUCCCAGUCCAGACUAAUUAUGCGAAACCAAGGCAGCCUGAGGCUCAUUCUCAACAGCAAACUCUGGGCUCAAAUGGAGAUUCAAAGAGCGAACCACCAAAAUUUACAAAUCACAGCUACUGAUUUAGAAGACUGUAGCAUCAAAGUGUUUUUAAUUCAGGCCAACGCCAAAGACACAGCGUCUCUGUACGCAGCGAUCCACCACCGCCUGGUCGCUCUCAGGAGCUUGAAUAAGCAGAAAGACGCAAACCCAGCCGAAGGCCCUUCUGAAACGGCCUUCUCAGGAUUAAACUGCGAUAGCUGUGAUGAGGACGAGGAUGAUUUCAUCCAGGCUGCUAAAACUAGAUCAGAUCCUUCCAGGUGGACCCACCGGCAGUCAGUUGCCUGUUCGUGAGUGCUGCCUGCUGUAGACACAGCAACAUCUGCACAGAGACUGGUCACGAACGGAACCCACUCGGCCAUCGUAACUAAAUGAGAAGAUCCUAUUCACCCCUUGAAAAGUUUCAGUAGAAAGUUCAUGAAAUAUAAUUUGUUGCAAUUAAAGUUUUUCUCUCUGUAGUCUAAUAAUUCUGAAGUUUUGCAUUUUGAUCAUUGUGCGUUGUGGAGAAAUGACAAUUUAAGAAAUAUAUGGACUUUGGAAGUUCAAAAUUUGUCAGUUUUGAAGAAGUCCUAUUCAGAAUAGGACUUGAUAAGUAAUUUGCACUAUUCACCACAUUGAUGGAUAUAAUAGUUACAAUUAGAAGUUGCUGGAUUUGAUAUCUAUUUUUUUUAUUUUUUCAGUCAUACUUUGGCCAUAAAACAAUUUUUUUUCUUUUACAAAAUCCAGUCAUUUCUUUGCAAACCAUUAUAACUGCAUAAUAACAUUUUAUUAAAUCAUAUGUGUCUUCUGGGAAGUGUGUACUUUCAUUUAGCCUUUGGAUUUCCUAAUACUCUAAGAUCAUAUGUUCAUGUAUUCCUUUAAAAAUAGCAUUUGCCCUUGGACUUGUAUCCAUUGCACCUCGUAUGUGCUUGCCUCAUGGUCACCCUCCAACAGUUGUUGAAGGAAUGAACAAAAUACAUUACCUAUGCACCAAAAUCGUAAGUAUACAAAAACUGGAAUAUUUUGACUUGUUCUUUGCUUUAUUUAUGUAAUUAAAUUGUUA